GCUACCAAUCCCCCCACUACCCUGGCAGAGAUGUCUGAAACUAUCGACCAGACCACAUUUGAACAGAUUCUUGAGAUGGAUGAUGAAGGCGACAAUGACUUCAGCAAGGGCAUUGUGUUUGGGUUCUUUGAUCAAGCGGAGAGCACGUUCGACAAGAUGGAGAAGCACUUGGCUGACAAGGACUUGGCCGAACUUUCAUCUCUGGGUCAUUACCUGAAAGGUUCUUCCGCCACUUUGGGUUUGAUCAAGGUCAAAGAUGCGUGUGAGAAAAUCCAGCACUACGGAGCCGGCAAGGAUGAGACCGGUACCAAUGAUGAGCCCAAUCAAGAGGUUUCGCUGGAAAACAUUCGCAAGACCUUGACCCAGGUAAAGAAGGAUUACAAGGAAGUUGAAGAUUUCUUGCGCAGAUACUAUGGUGAAAGCCCGUCGUCUUAG